CACAAGAUGGCGGCGCUACGAGUCACGGCGCAGAAACUACUCCAGACCAACUCGGCGUUUUCUCCUCUCCUCGCCGUGCCAGCUCUCUCCAGAGCCUGCCACCAUGAGCCGAACUUCGAGUACAUCAAUGUCAGCAAGGUGGGAGAGAAACAGAACGUCGGCAUGAUCGAACUGAACCGGCCCAAGGCUCUGAACGCGCUGUGCGACGGCCUGAUGGCAGAGGUACAAACAGCUCUAAAACAGUUUGAAGCAGACACAGAUGUGGGCUGUAUUGUCCUGACGGGUGCCGGACAGAAAGCCUUUGCGGCCGGGGCAGACAUUAAGGAGAUGUCAGGGAGACAGUUCCAGGAGGUUUUUGGAGGGAACUUCUUGGCUCACUGGUCUCACCUUGCGGACACCACGAAGCCCGUCAUCGCGGCCGUGAACGGUUACGCGCUCGGAGGCGGCUGUGAGAUAGCCAUGAUGUGUGACAUCAUCUACGCUGGGGAGAAGGCACGGUUCGGCCAGCCUGAGAUUGCCCUGGGGACCAUCCCUGGUGCAGGCGGGACCCAGCGACUCAUCCGAGCAGUCGGGAAGUCUCUGGCCAUGGAGAUGUGUCUGACUGGGAACCCCAUAACUGCACAGGAGGCACAACAGGCUGGGUUAGUUAGCAAGGUGUUCCCAGCAGACCAGCUUGUCCCCGAGGCUGUGAAGACGGCUGAGAAGAUCGCGAGUCACUCCAAACUCGUCGUUGCCAUGGCGAAGGAAGCGGUGAACGCCUCGCAGGAGAUGACCCUGCGGGAGGGGCUCCGGUUCGAGAAGCGUAUUUUCCACGCGUCGUUCGCGACCAACGACAGGAGGGAGGGCAUGGCCGCCUUCGUGGAGAAACGCAAGGCUGACUUCACAGACAGCUGAGGCUUUGUGGGUUGUUAGUAUUAAGCAUUUUGGUAGAACGCACUGCACCUGCGUGAAACCCAUAAUGGCAGAACGUCUCAUAUAAGGUCAUAUUUGUAUGUAUAAGGUUAACUGUUGUGUCAGAAAAGAUAUUCUGAUGCAAGUUCAUGCAACUGUGACCAAAAGUCUGUUGAAAACCGUGAAAAACCAGGGUUUUGCACAGUCUUGGUGGAGACUAGUACAUGUAUCAGCUAUCACUUGACUUGUGACACUCAACACUAAUCAGUGUGCCAGCAAGUAGGGAGACCAACAAAAUGUCAAACAGAUAUCAAACAGAGUAUUGUCUGCAAAGUGUGCUUCAACAAAAACUAGCAAGGAGGUAUAGCCUCUUUGACAUGAAGAAUUCUUUUCUGUAAAUCUGUAAUACCGGUAGCUGUUUGGAGACAAUCGUGUAUCUAAGAUCAGGCAACAACAAAAGUUCAUUAGACCACAUUAAUGUCAUUAUUGUAGUGACUGUGUUUAUAACAGUGGGUGUCAAAAGUCAUGUCAACCGUUCCUCACAUGUAAGGCUUCAGCUUGUGAAGUUAUGAUGAUGAAAUAAACUGGACAC